ACUUUAAAGCAGCGGUAGUCUGGUCCCAUUUAUGGCCGUGAAUGCCUACUCAUGCUGCAAGCACAAUGUGAACUCUUGUGUGAGAUCGGGGAAAGAUAUUAUUUUAAUGACAAGCGAUUUGCCCUCUAUAUAAGCCUCAACCUGGUUCAUUCUUUUUUCACAAAAUACAUCCGCAGUAUAUAUGUUUAAGGAGUUUAAGUUUUAUACAUCAUCACCGAAAAUUUAUAAGAUCUAUAUUAGCCAUGGAUAUUGAGUCGUGUUGCUAUUUGGCGUUUUCUCUUGUGGGAUUAUUCUUUCUUGCUUUAUUCUUCGUACCUUCCAGGAAAAAUCAGCUUUACCCAAAGUCCUAUCCUCUAAUUGGUUCCUCGUUGGAAUUCAUAAGAAAUCGUGGGCGGAUUACCCAAUGGACUAGUGAAAUUUUUGACAAGUUAUCGUCCUCCACAUAUACACUUGAAUUUCUCGGAGGACGAAAUGUCUUAUUCACUAGAGACCCUUCCAAUGUCAAGCAUAUUCUCAAGACUCGCUUUGAUAACUACCACAAAGAGAGCAGAUUCACAGAAGCUUUAUCCGAUUUGUUCGGGAAGGGCCUUUUCCUCGUCGAUGGCUCGGAAUGGAAGUCACAGAGACAGUUUUUGCGCCAUGAUUUCUAUCCGAAAGACUUUCACGCUUAUAUAUCUGUAGCAGAGGAAGAGCUCUCAGGUCGUCUUGUCCCUUUUUUAAGUAAUAUAGCAGCUCAGGAAAAUGCCGCUACUACAAUUGAUCUCCAGAAUACAUUUAGUCGAUUCAUAUUCGAUGUGGUAUGUCGGAUCGGGUUUGGGUUCGAUCCAAAGUAUUUAUUGCCUUCUCUCCCACCAACCCCUUUAACCGACACUUACAAAACUGCAGUGAAGCUGAGCAUGGUUAGGCAUGGCACCUUACCCCUGAUAUGGAAAGCUAAAAGGUUCUUCAACACAGAGUCCGAGAAAAGACUUGGGCUCAUGGUUGAUGAACUUCAUAAAUUCCUGGGUGAUAUUAUCGCAAAAAAGAAGGAAAGAUUAGUCAUGAUGGAGGAUUUGGAGGACAAGGACGUGUUCGCAAGUAUAUUGAGAAGGGCACAGGGUGAACAACUAGGCGAGACGUUCCUCGUUGAUACAGCCGUUAACCUUAUCCUUGGAGGACUGGACACGUUGUGUUCGGCUUUAACGUGGUUCUUUUGGCUGAUCUCGAGUAACCCGAAUGCGGAACAAGAGAUUGUCAGGGAAAUUAGAGUGAAAGAUGGUCUAAACGACAUGGUUUACACGCACGCUUGUAUUUAUGAGAGCAUGAGACUCUAUCCGCCAGUCCCAGUGGUCACAAAAGAAGCAGUGGAAGACGAUGUUUGGCCUGAUGGGACAAAGGUAAAAAAGGGGACGAGCAUAAUCCUCCACAUAUUCGCUAUGGGAAGGUCACCAGAAUUGUGGGGCUCAGAUUGGGCUGAUUUUCGUCCCGAAAGAUGGUUGGAGAGAAGAAGUAGUGACACAUCCAGUAGUGAUGAUUGGAAUUUCAUAGCGAGAGACCCUUUCACAUAUCCAGUGUUUCAAGCAGGGCCCAGGAUUUGUUUAGGAAAAGAAAUUGCAGUCGUGUUGAUCAAAAUGGUGGCUGCCACCAUCCUCAAGCGUUUCCGAGUCAUUCCGGCUCAGGACAAUUUCUCUCCACAUUAUCAUGUACUGAUGACAUCAAGGAUGAAACGUGGCUUUCCAGUAAGAAUCAUAGAGCGUCAUUGAGCAUGUGCUACUGUUUGUUUGUUUUUACUUUUUUUCCUUUUUGGUUUGUUAUGUGGGUUAGAUUACAUGGCCAAGAGUGAUUUAGAUUCAGUUUGUUAAAUGUUCUAAGAAAUUAAAUAAUUCGAGAUGAAAUAAUUUGUAUUAGCAAUUAAA